UUGGCUGCAUCAGCCAGGCCAAGAUUUGAUGAAGAUGGUGAGGUCUUAUUUGAUGGAAAAAUUGGAAUUUUCCCAUUCAUAUUCACAGAACCUGCACAAAGGAAUAGCAGAAAUAGACCAAGGGGCACAUUGGUUACCAAACCAGUACCAAUAGUGAACAAAGAUGUGUACAGGAGCUUUUUGAUCAACAAAGUCAUUCUUGCAAUUAAGGAAAAGUGGCCUACUGGUUCCAACAAAAGGGUCAUCAUUCAACAAGACAAUGCCAAGCCACACAUUGCAUGUAAUGAUCCUGCAUUUCUCCAAGUAGCCCAGGCUGAUGGUUUUGACAUAUCAUUAACAUUUCAACCACCAAACAGUCCAGAUCUAAAUGUGUUAGACCUUGGCUAUUUUAGAGCAAUUCAGUCACUACAACAAGACCACAAAUGCAAAACUAUAGAUGACCUUGUUCAUGUUGUGACAAAGUCUUACAAUGAGUUUGAACCUAUGCGCUCCAACUUUGUGUGGCUAAGUCUGCAAUAUUGUAUGUGAGAGGUCAUCAAAAAGUUAGGUUGUAAUGCGUAUAAGAUUCCACAUGUAGGGAAGUACUCCCUUCUAAGGAGUGGUAACUUACCCAUUUCUGUUUCCCUAGAUCAUGCAGGGGUCAGAAUAGCACAACAACAUUUAAGUCUUCAUAAUUUUGAUUGGAGACAGUUCAUUAAUGAAGAUGUUGAAGCCCACCUUCAAUAGUGAACUGUUUCUUUUGAAUGGUUUGGUGAAGUGUAGUCACCAUAUAAAUGCACCUAUUCAAGGCAUAUUUUUGUAUAGGGUAUAAUGCCUCGGAUGUAUUUUUUGAAUGGUUUGGUGAAGUGUAGUCACCAUAUAAAUGCACCUAGUCAAGGCAUAUUUUUGUAUAGGGUAUAAUGCCUCGGAUGUAUUUUUUGAAUGGUUUGGUGAAGUGUAGUCACCAUAUAAAUGUACCUACUCAUGGCAUAUUUUUGUGUAGGGUAUAAUGCCUUGGAUGUAUUUUUGGCAUGUAAGGAAGUGUAGAAUCUGUUUUGAAUCUGGUAAGGUGAAGUGUAGAAUCUGUUUUUAAUGUCAAAAGAUGAAGUGUAGAAUCUGUUUUG